GAGGGCGAACUUUUUCAGAAGUACAGACAAUCUUGGCACACGGGAGAGGGGGAGCAGGAGAGAGGGAGUGCACAGUAGGCACAGUAAAAGAGAAAAAGGGGCAGAGCUAUACGAAAAGAAAAGCGCAAGCAGGGAAAGGCACGGAGAGCUGUUUGCCUAAACCCCGUUGGCUCUCUCAGUGCGCGUAUCCCAGUGUUGCUCAGUGAACCGUGCGGUGGACACUGCCACUGUGUCUGUGUGUAACUCUGGUUGUAUUGAACUCUGCUCACUGCUGACCAGUGGAGAGUGAAGAGAGGGAGGAGGAGGAGAGGGAGAGCGCCGGACACCCUGUCGGUGGGCUUGCCCGGCCAAGGCAGUUUUACUUGAUAGGUUCAGCAGCCAUGCUGGAAAACGCAGGUGGAGCAAGAGCGGAUGCUAAAGUGAAUAAUCAGUCAGAAACUACUAAAUGUGCAAUGGAGAGUGGUGACGGGAACACCGGUAUUCAAACCAAUGGGUUGGAUUUUCAGAGGCAGACGGUGCCCACCACAAGUGCAAUCACUAAUGCACAUGCACAAGCCCUCCUCCAACAGUCAAAGUCGGAAGACUCGGGUUCUCUUCCGACCUCCGUCCAGCAGAGCGUAUUGCCUCAAACCCAGCUAAUGUUGGCCGGGGGACAGAUUGCUGGAUUGAGCCCAAUGCAGCAGCAGCUGUUUCUCCAGCAGGCCCAAGUGCAGCUCCUGGCUGCUGCCGUGCAGCAUUCUGCCAACCAGCAGAACAGCACCACCGGGGACAACAUCUCAGCCUCUGCAGCCACACCAAUUACCCAGCUGCCCCUGUCACAGCCCAUCCAGAUUGCCCCUUCUUUACAACAGCAGAAUCUAAGUCUGCCCCAGUUUGUCCUGGUUCAGCCUGGCCACCAUAUCGCCACGCCACUGCAGCCUCAGUUCAUUAUCUCACAGGCGCCGCAGGCCCAACAGGGCAUGAGUCUUCUAACUCAACUACCUCAAAGCCAACCUAACCUCCUGCCGACUCAACCAAGCAUCACCCUUGCAACUCAGCCUGCAACCCCAACCCGCACAACAGCAACCACACCUAUUCAGUCCCUCCCACACAGUCAGACGCCACCCAAACGGUUGGAUACUCCCACUCUGGAGGAACCUAGUGACCUUGAGGAGCUGGAGCAGUUUGCCAAGACUUUUAAACAGAGACGUAUCAAACUGGGCUUUACGCAGGGGGAUGUUGGCCUGGCCAUGGGGAAGCUGUACGGAAACGACUUUAGCCAAACUACUAUUUCUCGCUUUGAGGCCUUGAAUCUGAGCUUUAAAAACAUGUGCAAACUCAAGCCAUUGCUGGAGAAGUGGCUCAAUGAUGCAGUUUGUGCAGAGAACCUGACAUCUGACCAGUCCCUGUCGAGCCCCAGUGCCCUGGGUUCCCAGGGCAUGGGCAUAGAGGGAAUCAACCGCAGACGGAAGAAAAGAACCAGUAUUGAGACCAACAUUCGAGUGGCCUUAGAAAAGAGCUUUCUGGAGCAGAACCAAAAACCUACCUCUGAAGAGAUCACCAUGAUCGCUGACCAGCUCAACAUGGAGAAGGAGGUGAUUCGGGUCUGGUUCUGCAAUCGACGACAGAAAGAGAAGAGGAUUAAUCCUCCCAGUAGUGGCAACAGUGGAGGAGGCAACACCCCUAUCAAAUCUAUCUUCACCCCCAGCAGCCCUUUGGUGGCCAGCACAGCAAGCCUUGAUAGCAGCCCAACUAUUACCACACCCACCACUCUGACUGUAAACCCAGUGAUGCCUCUCACCAACACCAGCAUCGCCAAUUUGUCUUUCACAGGCACGGCAGUUGGAGCCACAAACACUGCAUCUGUCAUCUCAACUGCGCCUGUGGUUUCCACGGCAACAAGCUCUCCGUCUUUAAGCACGUCCCAGACGAGUAAUCAGUCCACGACCACGGAGAGCAAAGCUGGCACGCAGGCUCAAACCAUUUUCACCCAGGCGCCUUCAUCCAUAGCUACCAGUUUAGGGACGGGUCAGGUGAUGGUGGCAGCUCCGGGGCUUUCUGCCGCGCUACAGGGGGCCGCCUCGCUACCCAGUGCCAGUUUUGCAGCUAUGGCUGCUGCUGCGGGGCUCAACCCAGCACUGAUGGCAUCUUCGCAGUUUACUCAAGGGGGUGCCCUCCUCAGUCUGGCUCCUGGCGGCCUGGGCAGUGCACUGAGCCCUGCUCUCAUGAGCAACAGCACUCUGGCUACCAUUCAAGCACUGGCAUCGAGCGGCACAAUCCCCAUCACCUCUCUGGAUGGCAGUAACCUGCUGUUCGCCAACACUUCUGCUGGUAACACCCCCAACCUGGUGACCACGCCGCUCUUCCUGAACCCCCAGAACCUGUCGCUGCUCACCAGCAACCCCGUCAGCCUGGUGUCGACCGGCGCGGGAGGGCUUCAGGUCACUGCCGACGGUCAUCAUCAAGCCAGCACGGCUGCUGUGCCUGUGCAAGCCUCGACCAUUACCACUGCCCCCAAGGCUCAGUGAAGCCAGUCAGGCCGCACCUCGAAUUAACGCCCAAUUUCUUACGUCAAGCACUACUCCUGUCACACCAUGUAGGAUGAGGGUGGUACUCUGAUAUAGGCUCUGCGCUUCACUAACCACCCCGCAUCCUCUCCAUUGUAUCUACCAUAGAUUAAUCCUUUUGCUGCCACCAAAAAGAAAACGACUUAACAUAAGGGUGGGUUUAACUGUUGGUUUCUUUUAUUUUUUUUCUUUCUUUAUGAUUCUUGGAUGUUUUUUGAUUUUCCACACAAACAGUAGCCAGAUGGACACUGUUGUCGGCCUGCCGCUUCUCCUGAACCUUGACAAGUGUCCAGGGAGAAAAUAUCCUCGGCGUCAUCGAGCUGUAUAUACAUAUACAUAUAUACAUAUAUAUAUAUAUCCUCCUCUUUGCAGGUCAGAAUUUUCUCUGAAAUUCUUCUAACCAAAAACAAACUUUUCUCUUCUAACAUUCAAACUUAAUUGAUUUACUACUAAUUUCACAAUGUUCAUAAUCACUAAUGAGGGUUUGUGUGUCGCUCUCUUUAAUUAUCUCUUGUUUUUGUUUUUUGGGUUUUUUUGUUCGUUUGGUUUUUUGUUUCUUGACAGGCCUUGUUGUAAAUCAUAUCAAAUUAUAUUUUAGAGACUUUUUUUCCCUUUUUAUCUUUUACUGUCUAUAUUUUUUGACAUUUUCCGAUCUUUGUAAGAGUAAUGUUAAGUUAAGAUUUAGCUAUCACUUUUUAAUCGUGGUUAUAAGGCUUUAAAAAUAAGUAAUAAGUGGCCGAUAUAAAGGUUAUCAUUGCUUUAAGGGUCGGAGGGACGCGGCGUGUCUCUCCGAGUCUCUCUUCUGGAAACACUGAGUUUUACAUAGGUGGUGGUGCAGUAGCCACCGAGCCUCUGUAAAACGACGGUCUCGGUGUGGAUUAUCGACACUGACAGAAAAAUGACUGAAAACAUUACAUUGAGAGCUUUAAAGUGAGCUGCAGACCUGCGUCUGACUAAGGGUGACUUGUUUUGGUUUGUGAUCCGUUGGAACACUGUACAUUAAGUUUUGGACGUGGACGUUUGCGUGUGUCGUCGACAGCUCAGGCAGACGCUGAGAGUUCAGCAGCUGCACGAUCCACAAGGCUCUGCAGUCUGUUUUUUUGUGGAGGGAACUAGUCAUGUUCACCAAACCUGAACUGUGGUGUGGUGGCUUUGCCUAGAUGGGGAUAGUGUAUUGUGGGAAGGGGGGGGGGGGGGGGUUGUUUGGUUUCUUUUUGUUUUGUUUUUUAUUAGAAUUACCGUCGUAUCUACUUGUGCACAGUAUCUGUACCAAAAAACUGGAUUGAUGAGCUGCAGUCUGCCUGUUUUGGGAGGAUUGAAAUUCUGUCUCUUUAUUUUGUCUGCAGUCGUUCGACUGGCUUACCUACUUUAAGAUAUACCAAAAAUAUUUGUUAAAAUAAUUGCUGUGUGUAGUCGGUGUAGCUUAGUCUAGUCAAUAUAUUUAUGAGUACAAAAAUCUCUUCAUAGUCAGAAUAUAGAAAUGCAAUAUUUUGAUGAUCAUUUUCCAAAGACUACAUUUUCUUUUUCCUUUUCUUUUGUUAUUUUGUUUGAUUUGACCAAGUGUCUCAUAUUUAAAUUUGUAAUUGGCAGCACAACUGACCAAAAAGAGAGGGAUUGGUGGGUUGGAGUAUGAGGAAGUGGUUUCUUUUUACUUCUAUUAUUACCACUUUACUUUUUAAAUUUUUUUUAAUUAAAUCACCGUGGCCUCGGCCCAAUGCUUAAUCUGGUUUAAUCCGAGCCGUUUAGUGGCGUCUUUUCCUUUCUAAUCAGUUGUGGUAGCAGUUUUGGACUUUUCUGCAGCAUAAUGGAAAAGAUCUGAUUUUGGUUUUGUGCUAAUAUUCAGCCAUAAAACAACAGCUUGAACCAAAGUGGUUUUCCUCAGUAGUUGCUGUGCCUGUCUUGAGCACACAAGUUGCUUUUCACUCUCUUAAAACUCCACAAUUUAUUUCUUUAUUUUUGUCCCUCCUCAGUCAAUACCUGAUUUUCGUGAUUUGGUGCUGCUGGAUAAGGAUCACAGAAACUUUAGCUUUAACAACUUGCUGCUGAGACUCCUGUCGGAGUUGAGCUGUCAAGACGCCUGCAUGCUUUCUAAUAGCUUUACGACUACAUCCUGUGAGAAUCAGGGUAUUGUAGUUCGCACUCUCCCUGCUGGAGGGAUCACUUAUGUAAAUCCAUAAAUACUUCACCUCCUCUCAGCUCCGCCGUUUCGAACCAGCAUGCUAGGAAACGAUAUGCUGCACCCGAAAUCUGUCUGGGGACUAGUUUAAAAACUCCCCAAACUUAUCUUAGCCAACACAGCGGUGGGAUAAGUACCGUUCUGUGCUGCACAUUCAGCUAAACCCCACACAAAAGUAGCAUUGUUCUGCUUCAAAAUGACAAACACAGCAAUUAGUAACUCACUCAGACUGUAAGCAGUGAAAUUUGUCCCCGUUCCCCUCUCGUAUGCUUCUUUUCUGUUGAUUUAUUUUUGACUAAAUAUACCUCAGCAGCGCUUCAAACAUAGGUUCACCUUUUAGACAUUUCUCUGUAUACAGCAUUGUAGAAUGUAUAAUUACUGACUGGCUUGCCAUUCAGCGUUUAUACUGAUGAACCAUACAUAAAAACCAUUGCAAGGACAACCUACUACUGCUAUUUUCUAGUACUACUAUUUAUGGGGUAUUUCCAGGUUUAAAUAUUAUUUUGAGAUCCUUCUUGCCAAAGUAAAAGCCUUUCUCUUUGCAGCUUGGUGGGUGUGUUUGGGGGGUUUGUUUUGUUUUUGUUUCUUUCCUUAUCUCUGAGGCCACAAGAGCCCUGAAGAACUCAGUCGUGUUUCAGUGCUUGUUUGGAGUUUUGGAGGUUUGCAAACAACAUGAACCAGUUGCCACUGGCACCAUAGGAUGUUACUGAAAUAUUUAUCUGAGGAAAGACUUAAGAAUUAGAGAAACGAUCUUUUCUUAAUUCUAUACAUAUAAAUAUAUAUAUAAACACUUGUAAGAUAUUCAUAUUUUAUAUUUGAACCAGUAUGUUACCAAGACUGAAUGUAGUGUUUAUCAUACUUACUCCCCCCCCCCCCAAAAAAAAAAAUCUCCCCAGUUUUCUUUAUUUUUUCUUAUUAAACUGUCAAGACCAAAAAAUUUGAGAUGGAGCCCGAGAUGAUGCCUCACUGGAGGGUGACUCGCUGACCCCCCGCUGUGCAUCAGCGACGUCUGUUCGACAGGAGGGGCUCGCUCAGGCGCUCCUGGCAGACAGGUCCUGUGGUUAAUAGGAGACUCUGAAGCAUUUGAUCUUAAUCUUUUAAUAGACGUAUAAAUAUAUAUAUUUGGUUGAGUUGUUGUGGAUUUGAUUUGCUGUGCUGUCUUUAACAAUCAUUUGUUUUGGGUUUUUUUUUUUUUUUUAAUGUAUUACUUUAUGCCUUUAAUUGUUUUGUAUAGUGUGAGAGGGCAAGAUCACUGGCUUUCUUAGUUUGACAAAGAAGAUUAACAUUAUCAUUUAUGCCUUAUUGUUACGUAGAAGACAUGAGCAUUGUAGCAUUGUUGUUCUGUAUGUGUGUGAGAGUGAGAGAGCAUGGGCACUGAGCUCACCUGGUGCAUUGUUUUCACUGAAACAGUACAGUGUACUCUGGGCAUUUUAGAGCGUGGGACGAUUAUGUUGCUACCUAUGGUUUUUAGGUGCGACUUAGACAGGUAGGAGGAUAUACCUGUGAGAAAAAGCUUUACUAAUAAUUCCAGCAGGCAGGUGUGUUUGUGUGAGUGUGUCAUUUAAAGAGAGGCCAGGGAGGACAGUCUGCAAACCAUUUUGGUGCAUCUUUCCCAUCUUCCAGCAGGUGUUUAGACUGAUUUUUGAAAAGAAGGGUGAGACGAGAGGACUUAUUUGUUUUGUUUUGGGGUUUUGUUUUUUGUUUGUAGUUUCCUGACUGAGGGUCUUUACAAAUUAACUGCAAGCUUUAAGCAAGCCACUGCCGAGAGCCAAGCCAGCUUUCAGUUUGUUUGGGGUCAGCUUGGACUCAGGAACUGUCUGCUUGUCUGGCUUUGCUUGUGAAGCUUCAGUUUCAGGUGAUCCUGAGAUUCUUGUGGAUCAGCUGUGCACCAAACAGACGGUAUUUUGACCCACCACACUGGUUUGCUGAGAGUUUUGUUUUUUUGUUUGUUUGUUUGUUUUCUCCUUUUACUAAAUGUCAAAGGUUGCGUGGCGCACCAGUAAGGCUAAAGGAGCUGUUGUAUACCUCAUUUUUAACUCAAGAUUGAGUGAAACCUGCUUUAAUCUACUUAUGAAACAAAUGUUUUUAAAAAUCAUAAAAAAAAGACUAAAAUACACCAACUUGUCAGUGGAGAAGCGUGUUCAUACCUGUACUUAGUGAAGGGUUGUGGAGCCGCCACAAGAGGGAGACGAACUACAUACCAGUACUCACAAAGAGGGGUAAACAAGAGAAGGCAUAAAAGGUGAAUCUGUGUGUAAAAAGGGGCAAACAUCUGCUGCUUUUCUUUCACAAUUUCUUGUGCACUGAAGGAUUUCAUUCAUGAAAACAUGAAUUUUGAUGAAUUCUAUGGACACCCCCCACUCCACCCUUUUUUUUUUUUUUUUUUAAGUUUGACAAUCUUGCUUUAUUUAUUUUCUCACUCUUGGCUUGGUACAGGUAUGUGCGCGUCUUCCCACGUGAUGGCUCGCCGUCGCAGCCCGCUCUCGCUCCCCUGUGGUACCAACGUUAACCAAAGACUUCUUACUAACUUGAUUGUAUAUGAUCGACGCCGCCUCUCGCCCAUCCCCGCCUCACUGCUCAACAUCAAAUCCCGGCUGCACGCCCCUCGAUUCGUAUGUAAAGAGGUUGUUUUUUAAAAAAUUGCAUUCGAAUGUGCGUCCGGUGCCCCCUUCGUCGCCUCUGCAGUGGUUUCAGUGCCUGUGGGCGGGGAUCGGAAGGGAGGGGUAGCAGGGGCCGGGCGGGCUUCUCCGGCAAACGCAAACCGAUGCGGUGGAUAGCUGGGUGAUGUUUGUUAAUACACACUGAGGGUUGAUCCUGUGCACACUGUACCUGCUCAGGACUCUGUAUGAUUGUCUGUCUUGAGCGCUGUUGUCGUUUGGUUGGUUGGAUUGAUGUCCCACCCUCCGUCGUUCCUCUCUCAAGGACUGCGGCGAAAAAUGCUAUUCCUGCCUCUCACAGUGCGUCUGUCUCUUCCUCAUCUGUACACUGUAGUCCCAGGACAUGACCCUGUUGUUGUCUCCAGGAAUACACAUCCUGCGUUCGCUAACUCACUGCUGUGUCCCCUUCCCUCUCCUCCUCCUUCCUCUCCCUUUCGUCUGCUCUCUUCUUUGACUCCUCACUACAGACUCUGAUCAGCUGUGACACUAUGCAUCAUGGUCCUUCACUUUGCAUGGACUGUGUCCCUCCGACUCAGACCUCCUGGUCGGCAGGGCUUCAGUGACACUUUGUUUAAUGCUUUACUCCAAGUGAGGUUGUAGGACCUCACAAGCGCUAUCCCAAAGCAAAAAUCCAAAUAUUUAACUUUUGACAAAUGCAGAUACCAAAGAUAUCUCUCUGUCCUGUGUGUGUCUCUGUUGGUUUCUCUCUCUCUCCCUUUCACCCUGCAGCAUGUGUAUUAAGAGACAAACCCAGCACUGGCUUUAAAGUCCCAGCCUCAGUAAUUCCAAAGCUUAGAUGUAUAUUUUGGUAUAUUUCUGAGAAAAAACUUGCGUGAAAAAGCGUCUGUUCCUCGUUUGUUUGUUGUAAUCUCUUUUCUGUCACAGCAUGGAACUAAUUGCAGAACUGUCUUACUCUUGGUAGGUUAAAGAUAUAGUAUUUUUGUAUGUUUUUGGGUGUGUUAUAUAUAUGUGCGUGUGUGUGAUUAUCAGUUCACAGCCCAAGUGACCAUGGCUUUCAACAAGAGAGAGAAAUAACUUAAAAAUUAAAAAAAAAAA